CUCUCGUUGACAUUUCCACUCACCCACGGAUCUAAAGCCUGGCCACAUUUCUUCUUACAUCGGAUGUCCAUGCGUUUCCACCGGGGGACACAAGAAGACAAAAGCGGAUACCAAGCGGGACAAGUCUGCUGCUUUCAACCGGGAUAUCCCCUCCGUCUCCCUCUCCACUCCAGCACCCUUUUGGAAACUAUUUUUAUUUUUUUAUUACCCAGCCCCACUUUUUCUUCACUUCCACGAGGGGACACCGGCUAACCAUCGUGGGUAUAUUUCCCCCCUGUUUUUUUUGUUUUUUUUAUGUUCUUCCUGUGUGUGGGCCGCGGACAAACAGGCAACACAGUGUGGUUUUGACACCGACGCAGGAUGCCCCAAAAAGAAUACCACAGCCAAGCCACGUGGGAGUCUGGCGUAGCCUCAAUGAUGCAAAACAAGGUGUAUGACAUCUGUGAUGAAGGUCACAGCGGCGUCAACCAGCUCGGCGGCGUGUUCGUCAACGGUAGACCGCUGCCAGAUUCCACCCGGCAGAAAAUAGUAGAACUCGCCCACAGCGGUGCUCGACCCUGCGACAUCUCACGGAUACUACAGACCCAUGAUGAAGUCCAAGUGGUGGACAGUGAAAAGGUGUCCAACGGCUGCGUGAGCAAGAUCUUGGGCCGCUACUAUGAGACGGGAUCCAUAAGACCGCGGGCCAUCGGCGGCAGCAAGCCGAGGGUCGCCACGCCGGAGGUGGUCGCCAAGAUCGCGCAAUACAAGCGGGAGUGUCCGUCGAUCUUCGCCUGGGAGAUCCGCGACCGGCUUUUAUCGGAGGGCAUCUGCACCAACGACAACAUACCCAGUGUGUCAUCGAUAAACAGAGUUCUGCGCAACCUGGCGAGCGAGAAGCAACAGAUGGGCGCAGAUGGCAUGUAUGACAAGCUGAGGAUGCUCAACGGUCAGACAGGAAGUUGGGGGACCCGGCCAGGCUGGUACCCCGGAACAUCAGUGCCCGGCCAGCCCAAUCCAGACGGCUGCCAGCCACAAGACGGCGCAGGAGAGAACACAAAUUCCAUCAGUUCAAACGGCGAGGACUCCGAGGAGACUCAGAUGCGCUUACAGCUCAAAAGGAAGCUGCAGAGAAACCGCACUUCUUUCACGCAGGAGCAGAUCGAGGCACUGGAAAAAGAAUUUGAAAGAACUCAUUAUCCCGACGUUUUUGCACGAGAGAGACUAGCGGCCAAAAUCGACCUCCCUGAAGCAAGAAUACAAGUAUGGUUCUCCAACAGGAGAGCAAAGUGGAGGCGGGAGGAGAAGCUUCGUAACCAGCGGCGACAGGCCAACAACUCCUCCAGUCACAUUCCCAUCAGCAGCAGCUUCAGCACAAGCGUGUACCAGGCCAUCCCACAGCCCACCACACCUGUGUCCUUCACCUCGGGGUCCAUGUUGGGCCGCGCUGACUCGGCACUAGCAAACACCUACAGUGCACUGCCCCCCAUGCCCAGCUUCACCAUGGCAAACAAUCUACCUAUGCAACCCAGCCAGACCUCCUCCUAUUCCUGCAUGCUGCCUACCAGUCCGCCUGUGAAUGGGCGGAGCUACGACACAUACACGCCCCCUCAUAUGCAGGCACAUAUGAACAGCCAAUCAAUGACCACUUCUGGUACCACCUCGACAGGACUCAUCUCUCCUGGAGUGUCUGUCCCAGUGCAAGUCCCAGGGAGCGAGCCUGACAUGUCUCAGUACUGGUCCAGACUACAGUAGGGACAAGAGCUACUUCACCUUGUGAGCACCUCCAACGUGGACCUGUCGUGCUCCUCACACACACACACACACACACACACACACACACACACACACACACACACACACACACACACACACACACGGAGAGGACAAUGAGGACUUGUGUAGCUGCUGGCCUAUUCAAACAAGGACGACGACAGGAUGGAAAGAAAUGGACCUCUGUAAAGUGCCCGCUGUUACAUUUUUAUGGAACAAAAAAAAACACUUUUUUUUUUUUUUUUUUUUUUUUUUUUUUACUAUUUCCAGUCAUUGUUUCCCCCCCGCCCCCCUCUGGUGUGUUAGUAAAAAAAAAGAAAAAGAAAAAGAAAAAAAAAAGCCCAUUUUUUUCUAUGUGAAUACGAACGAUAGGACGCAUGAAGCUGAGACAUUCUGCUGCCAUGACUAUCUUUGAACGACUCUGCAUGGACGCAUAUCAUUUUGAAAGACUCUUCUGAGAAACUAUUUAUUGUCCUGACAAAGGAGCUCUCUCACACACACACACACACACACACACACACACGCACACACACACACACACACACACACACGGAUAUCAACGCCAACAUGCGACGAGGACGACGCGUGGAAGCAACAAGAAGCCUGUAGUCUGUAAAUGGUUAGACUGCGUCUUUGCUAUGAUAAUAACAAUAAUAAUAAUAAUAAUCCCUCCCACCCCCGUUUUUUUCUUUCUUGUCCAGAUGUAAAGUACUUGUCUUCCCUGGAAAUCCCCCCCCUCGAGCGCCCCCUGGAAGAAUACCCUCUAAAUGUUCCAUGCAUCAUUUCUUUAGGGUCAGGUACAAUUUGUCUUUUAGCUAGAGUUGUAUUAUAGUGUCCUAUGGUCAAAAUAUUAAUAAAAACGUGUGCAACUAGAAAUAUUUAAUUCCUAUAAUUAUGAUUAAACAUUUGCUUGACAAAAAAGUUUUAAACUUAACGUGUUUGGCAGUUGUUUACAAGUACAUAUCAGAUUUAAUCAUUGUUGAUUGUAAAACAGACCAAAGCCUUUGUAUUUCAUCUAGUACACAAUGUUGUUCUUUUCUUUUCCAAACAUAUUAGUCUUGUCUUUUGUCUUGGCGGCCGACACCUGCAGUUGCUUAUUUAUAAUUGAAGACCAUGGGAGGUUGUUUUUUUUUUGUUUUGUUUUUUCUAUCAUCACCUGUCAUGCGCUUUUUGUUUUAUUUAUGUUGUUUUGUUUGCAUAUUUGAUUUCAGUGUGUAUGUAGAACAUGGACACAUACUGGGUUUACGUCUGGGCAAAUGGAGAUACAAAAAAAAAAAAAACCAACAAAAAAAAAACCAACAACAAAACAUGUUGACACGCUGUCUCUUAAAUAUUUCAAUUUAAUUUUAUUUAAAAUGGAGCUUUCUAAAUGUAUUUUGUGAAAACUAUAAAAAACAUUUUGUACAGUAAAA